AUGCCAGAGGUCAUCGACCUUCUGUCUUCGACUCCGCCGCCCCCAGCACAGCAGUUCCGACAGCCCUCUGUGCCGACGAGUCCUCCCUACCCGCCCCUCUCCGCCGCACCCCGACCGCUUGUGUCCGAUGAUGUCGAGUCGCUUUUUGCCUACGACGGCUAUGACAAACCUGCCAAACGAAGACGGAUAAGCGUAGAGCCUGAAUCCCCCAGAAAUUGCGAUUUGCAGGCUUCCGCAAACCAGCUCUUCUUAUUCUCCGACGACGAUUUUCCCCUACCCUCCGACGGACCCAGCCUGAACCCACCGGCAAGGAACGACGAGGUUGAGUCCUCCAAGGAUGUUGAUAUUCGGCCUUCUACGAAGAACCUUUUUUCAUUCUCGGAUGAUCUCAUCCUAUCCUCCGACGGACCUUUUACGACGAAAACACCGACAUGGGAAGGCGAGGUAAUCGACUCUUCCAAACAGAGCGAGUCUCAGCCUACUAGAAACCUCUUUUCAUUCUCGGAUGAUGUUAUUCUAUCUUCUGAAGGGCCCUUGAACAUGGGGGAAACAACUUGGAAUGGCAAGGAAUCGGACCCCAUUGUUUUUACGUCGUCCGCUCCUGAGCGGGGCGUGGAAGUCGCUCGUACACGAGACAUGGCAUCCCGAGGACUUGAUACUAUCACAAUAGAUGAUGACGAUGAUGAUAAUGAUAAUGACAGACUUCUCAAUGACCACGCCGCACAAAACGAUCACAUUGAAGACUUCAGCGAUCAACUUGGGCUACCGGAUAUCGAGGAGAUGAUGAGGCACGCGAAGCCGACAAAAUCUACCGAGAAUCCUCUAUUCUCUAGUCGAACGGCAGAUUUACUCGCAAGUCUCGAGAGUCGCCCAAGGACUGGCAGUGGUAACGCGCAGAGACCAAGAACGGGCGGGCCUUCCAAGGCCAAGCCAGAGAACGAUCUUCGCCUCGAAGACGAUUUAUCUGACGUGGUGGCCGAAUCUCGCAAAGCAGUCCGGAAGCCAAGUAAGCUUACGACUGUCGAUAGAGAGGCGAAAGCUCGUGAAAGAGAGGCUGCAAAAGCUCAGCGAGAACACGAGCGACAGUUGGAGAAGGAACGGAAGCAGAAGCUCAAGGAAGAAAAGGCCCGAGAGAAGCAGCUUGCUGCGGACCUGGCUGAGGUUAACAAGCUCAAGGUCGACAAGAAGGACUCGACUCCCGAGAUGAUCAUUGAUCUUGCCUCCUCAUUCCAGGAAACUAGCGUAGGUAACCAGAGCGUCGAGCUGAUGAAGCGACUCGGCGUGGAGCACACAUUCUUCAGCAGCUCGAUCCCAAAUAUUGUCAAAUGGCGCCGAAAAGUGACGGCCAGGUUCAACGAAGAUGCCGGUCACUGGGAACCGUGUCGGCAGCAUAUCAAAGAAGAGACCCACGUCCUCUGUCUCAUCCCAGCCCAGGAGUUCGUCGACAUGGUGAUCUCACCCGCCGACCCAGCCACCAGCACAACCGACCUGGAACUCCACCUCCAGCGCAUCAGAACCGCCUAUCCAGCCUGCAAACCCAUCUACCUCAUCGAAGGGCUAGCAGCCUGGAUGCGCAAGAACCAGAAUUCCCGCAACAGAGCCUUCCAAGCCCAGGUCCGCCAACAACUCGACCAGCAAAACCCCGACAACGCCCCCUCCACCCGCCGCAGGAAACCCCCCGCCAACAAACCCGAAUCCACCCCGCCAGUCGACGAAGAUACCAUCGAAGACGCCCUUCUCGAACUCCAGGUCACGCACGCCUGUCUCAUCCACCACACCGGCACCGCCCCGGAGUCCGCGGAGUGGAUCAAGAACUUCACCGAGCACGUCUCGACGAUCCCCUACAAACGUGAACGCAUGAACGGCAACGACGCCGCCUUCUGCAUGGAUACCGGGCAGGUGAAACCAGGCGAGGACAAGCCCGAUACCUUCGUCAAGAUGCUCCAGGAGGUGAACCGCGUCACUGCCUCUAUGGCCUACGGUAUCGCGGCGCGGUACCCCAGUGUCCUGGAUUUGGUGCGGUGCAUGCGUAGACAUGGGCCGGGUAUGCUGGAAGACGUCAAGAAAUCAGCAAAUAAAAACGGUGCUCUGACGGACUCGCGGAUUGGUCCCGCUGCGAGCAAGCGACUGUACAAGGUCUUCAUGGGCCUGGAUCCUUCCUCGACGGAUGUCUGA